CCCGUGUCGGUCGGAAGUGUGGUGGCCAUUCUUCAUUCGCACACACGACGCCUGAUGAGUUACUCGGAUCAAGAGAAGCUGGCGGCCGAGACGCAACUGCUGCAAUUCCUCCAUGCGUCCAACACCGUGGACGACACGUUCGCGUAUGCAUCGAACCAGAACUUGGACCAUGAGCUCGUCGUGGGCGUCGUCAAGAGUUUGCUCGUCGAUGCGUUUGUGACGGCCUCCGACCUGUCGACGUCAUUCUGGGUCUUGUCCGACGAAGCAGAGAGCUUCCUUGCCCACGGCAGUCCCGAAGUGCAGUUGUUUCACGCCAUCCCUGCCUCGGAAGGUGCGGACAAAGUCACGUUGGAAGGAGUCCUCGGUGCCGCGCACUUCAAGGUCGCACAAGGAGCGUGCAUGAAGAACAAGUGGAUUCGCAUGGACAAGGCGACGGGGCUCAUCUUCCGCAACGUUGAGACCGUGAAGGAUACUGCAACGGAACAACUCAAACUUGUCGCGUCUGCCCACGGAAGCGUGGACCAAGUGCCCGACGAUGUGUCAAAGGACCUCAAGCGUCGCAAGCUCAUCUCCCUUCAAGUCCGCAAGUCGUACCGUGUCGGAAAGGGACCCAACUUUGCGUUGCAACGCAAGCGACAAGCCGCAGGUCUCAACAAGGACUUGCUGGACAGCGAGGAGUGGAAGACGGAGAAGUUCAAGCCGUACAACUUCAACACGAUGGGGUUAGCUGUCGGCGGGGGCCACUUGCAUCCGCUCAUGAAGGUUCGCGCCGAGUUCCGCCGCGUGUUAAUGGACAUGGGAUUCGAUGAAAUGCCGACGAACCGAUGGGUCGAGAGCAGCUUUUGGAACUUUGACGCGCUCUUCCAACCCCAAUCCCACCCUGCGCGCGAUGCCCACGACACUUUCUUCCUUACAACUCCUGCCAAGGCCGUCUCCGUCCCUGAGGACUACUUUGAGCGCGUGCGCGAUAUGCACGAGCAUGGUGGCCAUGGCUCGAUCGGCCACGGCCGUGGCGCAUUCACGCGCGACGAAUCGUUCAAGAACUUGCUGCGCACGCACACGACGGCAGUGUCUGCCCGCAUGCUGUACAAGCUGGCCAACGUAAGUAGUGCCCGUAGCGCCGAUGGAUACACCUGACGGGCGGUGUCGUUGGUGUAGCAACCUGGGGGGUUCACGCCGCAAAAGUACUUUUCGAUCGACCGCGUGUUCCGCAAUGAAAGCAUGGACGCGACGCACUUGGCCGAAUUCCACCAAGUCGAAGGCGUGAUUGCCGAUUACGAUUUGAGUUUGGGCGACUUGAUCGGGGUCAUUUCUGGCUUCUUCAAGAAGAUCGGCAUCACGCAAAUGCGCUUCAAGCCAGCGUACAACCCGUACACGGAGCCGUCGAUGGAGGUGUUUGCGUACCACCCCGACUUGAAAAAGUGGACGGAAAUUGGCAACUCGGGCGUGUUCCGCCCAGAAAUGUUGCGCCCGAUGGGACUGCCGGAAAAUGUCCGCGUGAUCGCGUGGGGGCUGUCGCUGGAACGCCCCACCAUGAUCAAGUACCGUCUGAGCAACAUCCGCGACUUGUUUGGUCACAAGGUUGACUUGGAACAAACCAAAAGUGCCAAGCUGUACCGCAUGUAAUCCAUCUCGUCAAACCA